UCUGUGCCUUAUUUUUCUCAUCUACUCAAUGGGGACUCAAUAGGAACUAACCCUUUGGGCGGCUGUGAGGAUUUAAGAAUGCAGUCCUGCCUUCAGUGGUGUCAUAGCAAGUAUUCUAUAUAUGUCGGAACUGUUUAAAAAAUUCCUAUUAUUACUGCCUAAUCGUGAGCAUGGCCCUCCCCUCCACCCCUCAGACCACUUAUUCUGGCCACAGGGCAUCCCCUUUUGAGAGAUGAACUGGCUGGGCAGAGAGGACUUGGCAGCAUCAGCAGAUGCGAGAUGCAGGGCUUGGCUCAUCGGGGGAGACCACAGGCUACCCCAGAAGGGGGAAGGGGUCUGGCCCAGGAGACAACAUCCACAUAAACUGAUGCUCUCGCGGUCCUCCCUCCAUGCUCUGCUCACCCACCUUAGGCUCCAGGCCAGCCUUUUGGGACUUCUGAUCCCUUCCAGCCAGAACUUAGUCUAAUUCUUUCUUGUGAGGCUGUUCUGUGCAUUGUGGGGUAUUUAGCAGCAUCCUUGGCUUCUACUCACUAGAUACUGGUAGCACCUCAUCCCCUGGUUGUGACAACCAAAAAUGUCUCCAGACACUGCCAGAUGUCCUAAGGCUGGUGGUAGGGGGUUGGCAGCAAAAAUCACCACUGCAACCUGAUUCCACUUGGAUAAAAAAAGGCCCUGGGGGUGAGGGUGCCUCAUCUCUCCCCUCCCCCAAGGUUCAUGAGUCUUACAUGGGGGCUCCUGGGUCUUGCUCAUCUUUUUAUGCCUAAUGUUUGUCACAGUGGUGGCUGUUGUGUGUGUUCAGUUCGUGAUUGUUGGAUGGAUGGAUGGAUGAAGGCUUGGGUGGUUGGGAGGAGGCCCCCAGGGGAGGGGAGACACUGAAGGCAGCUAUAUCUGCUGGUUUUGUGUAAGAAGAGCGCGAAGUCAUGGAGUCUUCCAAGACCUUCAUGAGACACCUACCGAUCACACCAGGCUACAGUGGCUUCGUGCCGUACCUUAGCUGCCAGGGGACCUCCGGCGAGGACGACAUGUCCCACUGUCUGAAAACCUUCCAGGAGAACACACAGCGAUAUAAAGACCAGCUGGAGGAAUUUCGCUGCUCGGUGGCCACUGCCCAGAAACUGAAGCCCAUCUGCUCCGAGGAGACGGUCUUGCGGGCACUCCACCAGUACUACCAGCAGUAUCACCCCAUGAGUCUGGAAUGCAAGUACGUAAAGAAGCCUCUCCAGGAGCCUCCAAUCCCUGGCUGGGUGGGCUAUCUGCCGAGAGCCAGGGUCACUGAACUAGGCUGCGCCACACGGUACACUGUCAUGGCCAGAAACUGCUACAGGGACUUCCUGGACAUCACGGAGCAGGCCAAGAGAGUGCACCUGAAACCGUAUGAGGAAAUAUACGGAGUUAGGUCUACACAACCUCCUCCUGUUCCUUCUCCAAAAAUUUUGCAGCAUGAAGGGCUGCUGCCAAAAUAUCCGGAUUUCUCUGUUUCAAGUGGUAGCUGUCCUGCCCUUGGAAGACCCCUGAUAGAGGAUCCCAGACCUCCGGUGACGUAUGGCUGUGCUCAGAGGCCAAACAUGUCGUGCAACGGGAAGAUUUAUCUAGAGCCACUGUCCUCAGCAAAGUAUGCAGAAGGCUAGAAGCAGAGAGCCUCCCAAGGAGAGGUGAACUUUCAGGGGGGCUCAGAAGCUUGCUGUUCUCACAUGAGAAUCAGCGCCUCACCCACACCCCAACAGGCACUAGGGAAAUUUCAUAAUGUAAGAAUUCUGUGACUGCCCUCUGCACCCUGACUGGUUGGCAACAGCAUGUGAUUAAUGAUAAAGACCUUUUAUCAUCCUGUGGCAAUAAAGAGGAUACUUCUCAGCA